UGGAAAUGCCGCAAUGUUGGUAACGCUGCAAUCUGCUACCAAAACAAACAGUUCGCGGAGAAGCAGAAGUUGGGCGUCGCGCCUAAGAACCCGCUGAUAUGCCUCUAUUACCUCCCUUUUCCGUAUUAUUUUUAUUACUUACAUUUACUGAUGUGCUUAGUGGUUAUGUAUAUGAUAACGAGUUCAAGGAGGAGCUGCUGGUGAAGCCUCUGCCUUCAGGACACGUCUACUCACACUUCGAGUUCACGACCACCUGGGCGACGCCGGGAAUCCAGGAAUCGGUGGCACAGUAUACGGAUUUUGAAUUUGAGCACUACGACCUCUUUCCACGAGCGCUUGGGGAAAUUGUAGAGCGGUACCAUGUGAGAGAACUUCAUCUUAGCCUAACUCAGGGAUUUUGGCGCCAUCGAAAAUGGGGCUAUCCUGUCAUGGAUGCCCCACCAGGUGCCCAGCUGUGGGUGUGGUUCAACCCAUCAGAUGAAGAUUUGGAUCAGACUUGGCGAGAUUUGGUGAAUGCUCUCAGCGGUCUUGUGUGUGCUUCUCUAAAUUUCAUUGAUUCUACUAAUACAGUUUCACCAGAACUCAGUUAUCGACCAUUGGGACUUGCUGAAAAGUGGUAUGCUCAAAAUUCGUCUUUUUUGCGUUAUGCUGCUUUGCCUCGUGAAAAUGUUUGCACAGAAAACUUGACUCCUUGGAAAAAAUUACUGCCAUGUGAUACAAGGAGAGGUUUGGCAAUGUUGCUGCACCCCGCUCCUCUUUACACUGCCCACUAUCAUGCUCUGUCUAUUCACCUCAGGCCAACCUGUCAGGAUGAGAGUUGCACCUCCUCCCAUCUGGAACUUGUCCAGGCCUUGUCACUUGUGCAGAAUCCCACAGUAUCAAUGGAAGGACACCAAGAUUGGAGCCUUCGCCAGCUCUUCUCUGCUCCUCUUAUUUCCACAUGCCCUUUGGCUUUCAUGUCAAAGGUUUAUGUCGAUGUCACAACAAACAAGGAUAAACAGAGUUUUAUACUCUAUCCUGAGCCUGACAGUAUUGAUGUAAGUGGAAGUGGAGACAGCUUGCGCCACUUGGCUGUCUACGAUGCCCGCCUGGCUUUGAGCAAUGACAUCUUUGAUCUGGAAGCCCACUAUCAAAGUCGUCAUGUAUAUGGCCUUAUUCCACCACCUCAUUUGCAUGUUUCAAGAUUUGUUACAGGGUAUGGACAGGAAGGUGGGAGUAUCACAGUAAAACUAACCAAUACUGGAGGACAGCCACUGUCUGUCGUGUACCUUGAAGUGUUGCCUUGGUACCUGAGACUCUUUCUGCACACUUCACACACGCAUCAACAGAUGCAGUCAGCUUACAUGUCUAAGUUGGUAACUGCACGAGACCGGGAGAGAGGAUGGCUUUACGAAGCUGUAGUUGAAAUUCCAGCUGGUGCCACUAAGGAGCUAAGCUUGGAGUUCACAAGAGCCCUUUUGAAGUGGCUUGAAUAUCCUCCAGAUGCCAACCAUGGGUUUUACAUUCCUGCUGCAACUGUGUCUGUUGUUUUGCCUACCCCAAGGAAUGUCUCUGUCAAUAGUCUUGAUGGGAAGUGCUUGAAGGAUAAGCUCAUUUUGAAAGAGGGUGCAAGCUUCGUCCGCAUCCACACAGAGACUCUUCUUGUGAGUCUUCCCACGCCAGACUUCUCAAUGCCGUAUAAUGUCAUCUGUCUUGCCUGCACUGUGGUUGCUCUUGCAUUUGGGCCCAUUCACAACAUCACAACUAAAAAGCUUGUGUUAAAAAAAAUAGAAGACAAAGCAUCACCCCUAAGCAAACUUCUGACCAAGUUGAAAAGCCUGCUGAAAAGAAGCAAGGGGGAGGAAAAGGAGACCAAGGGUACAGAUAAGCAAGAGCCAGUAAUUGUAGAGGAAAAUCCAUUAUAUGAUGACAGAGAAGAAUUAGAGGACAUCAAGGAAGAGGAAGAGAGUGAAGAAGAUAAAACAGCAAGUGAGGAUGAAAACAAGAAGGAUAGAUAGACACUAGUCACACCCUCUAUUUAUACGGUACAUAAAGUUCAUUGUAACAGAUUUUAGGAAAUGCUGUGAUGAGGAGAAAUAAAUUUGCCAAGAUAGUAAAUAAUGAUUCAUUAAUUAAACAAGGCUCAAAAAAUCACAAGUAAUGAGCUCAUUGAACAGUACAUGCACAUUCCCUGUACCUUGACUUAGUAAGUUAGAAUUUUAAGUUUUAAGGUUUUACACCAAAGUAUUACUUUUAUUAACUUGUAUUUAGUAUGUAAAGUGUAAUAUAUGUAUAUAAAAU